AUGCCAAUCGACCACGACCCAAUCCACAACUUCCUUGACCGCCUCCUCCGCAGCAAAAAAAAGCAUCGAGAAAGAACUCCGCGAAACCGCUCGAGAAAACGAAAAAUUCCGCAAAAGAAGCCAGACACACAUAUAUAUGGGGAGAGAUCAGUGGAUGGAUCCCCGUUCGGGACAACUGACGUCUUCUCGGUCUGGUUCUCCAACGAGAGGCGCGAUGCUAUCGAGCAACGAUCCGUUUGGUCAAUUGGGGCUUCGGCCACGAGGGCAAGGAUGGGGUAUGUCACCUGGGCAAGGGCAAGCGCAGGCGCCGCCGAGGGGAGGGAGUCAGUUGAUGGUUCCGGGGUUGAGUGUUGGUCCACAGCCGUUGGGGGCAAGUUCGAGACAUCAGGGGGGGAGUGGGAUGCAAGUUCCUGGGCUGAGUCAGGCACCCCAGGGAGGGAUUAG